AUGUCUCGUGAAAUCUACCUGCUCGUUUUCCCACAGCGUAACACGCCGGCGCAUUGGUCCAUAUUCAUUCCGGAGGCCAACAGUGUGGUAAAAGGGAAAGUUAUCCAUGUUGUCGGCUCUCCAUUCACCGGAUACAAACUCGAAGACAAACCGACGUUUCCAGAAAAUCCCUCUCGGUCAAGUGAGCAACAACCACAUUCAGGAUGUGAUAGGAAACAGCGUUACUACGGACACCCAGAGCAUGAUAUCUUGGAGGCGCGGGCAAAAUUGGUCCAACCCCCGGGAGUCAGCCCAUCACCGUUAAACCCCAAUGCGGAAAGGCUGGGUAAGAACUGUCAACAUUGGCUUCAGGACUAUGUCGAAAAGUUAGUGGGCGAGGGACUCUUGCCACAGUCGGCAAUCGUCGAGCUGAACCGUGCCCCGAAGAUCUGA